AAACGCAAAAAUACCACUGCCUCAGAUUUUUUAUAUAAUGUUUGCAUUUGCAUCGCACUGGUCCCAUUCGCAAGUUCGAAAGAACAGUUUUAUUAAGGAGCCAAUUUUAUCCAGCGCUACCAUAUGUGAUUGGUACAAUUACUGCCGCGAAGCUGUAGUUUUAUACCAGGUUGAUCACCAGGUAGCGGUAGGUAAAAUUGGCGGCCCUGGUAAAAUUGUUCAAAUAGACGAGAGCAAAUUCGGGAAACGAAAAUAUAACAAAGGACGGAGAGUGGAAGGCCACUGGGUUUUAGGGAUGGUAGAGGAUGGGAGUGACGACCUUCGGCUGGAAGUGUGUCCCGAUAAUGUGAGGUCUGCUGAAGUGCUCAUACCCUUAAUUCAGAGACACGUUUUACAAGGUAGCAUCAUAUGUACUGAUUGUUGGAAGGCGUACGACUGCCU